CGCGCGUGCUUAAAAGCGGAAGUAUAAUGCGAUUAUCGAUUGCUAUGACAGAAAAUGCGUUGAAUGGAUGGCGCGCGCGGAGGCGGCGAGCGGGGAGCCGCGUCGUUCGCUCGCCGGUCGCCAGUUAGUGCGCCACACGACGCGGGCUGCGACGCACGUACUACGCAGCCCGCUACGCCGGUAUUUCGAGUGUAGUGCAAAUGCUUGUGUUUAUAUGGCGCUCAUGUUACUACAAGUGUUCGUGUUGGGUGUGUUCGCGGCAGCUGCCGAUGAUAUCCCGCUAACAUGGUACUGGUCGUCACGCACGCUCGUGCCGUGCACGCUGCCGGCGCCGGCGCCGCAGCUGCGCAAGCCGCCCCCCCUGCGCGGGGAGGACCCCCCUACCCCCUACUUCUGGCGGCGUGAUGGGGUAAACGACACUCACAAAAUCCUGGCAAAUGGCACACUAGACAUACGCAAACGUGAAGGCGCAGAUGGCAUAUACCAGUGCACCGCCGCGUUGCGCCGCGGCGCGUUGCUGAGCUAUCCUGUGCGACUGAAAACUGCCCACCUGGACAAGUUCUCCAAAUACCCUGAAAACACAACGGCCCGGCGCGGACAGCCGGUGGCCCUACCCUGCGUCGUCAGCUCAGCGCCGCCCGCCAUCAUCUCCUGGCUGAAGGAUGACCAGGACCUUCCUGCAGACGACAGAACCAAGUUCUCCGAGUACUCUGAAAACACGACGGCCCGGCGCGGACAGCCGGUGGCCCUACCCAGCGUCGUCAGCUCAGCGCCGCCCGCCAUCAUCUCCUGGCUGAAGGAUGACCAGGACCUUCCUGCAGACGACAGAACCAAGUUCUCCAAGUACUCUGAAAACACGACGGCCCGGCGCGGACAGCCGGUGGCCCUACCCAGCGUCGUCAGCUCAGCGCCGCCCGCCAUCAUCUCCUGGCUGAAGGAUGACCAGGACCUUCCUGCAAACGACAGGACCUUCCUGCAGACGACAGCCGGACUGGUGGCCCUACCCUGCGUCGUCAGCUCAGCGCCGCCCGCCAUCAUCUCCUGGCUGAAGGAUGACCAGGACCUUCCUGCAGACGACAGAUACUAUAUGCUGAAAGAUCAGCUGCUUAUUACUGAAGUGCGAGACAGCGAUGCUGGUAUUUACAGAUGCAUAGCAACAAACUCAUAUGUGAACAAAACUCGCACCAGCCACGGUGGACGGCUGCAUGUUGUUCCUUCAGAACCUCAAGCCCUAGAGUUCAUGCCUACCUUCGAAGACCACCAGCUACUAGUUCCAGAAGGAGGGGAUGCGGUCCUACCGUGUCCUGUGUCUGGAUGGCCAAUGCCAUCUGAAGUAAUCUGGGACCUGGCGGGAAAACGGCUGUAUAACGGCCCUGUGCUCGUCUUGACUGAUGUAGACGUAUCACAAGACGGCGUUUAUACCUGCAAUGUACCAGGACAUGAGGAUUUAAAGAAGAUAUACAACGUGACAGUGACCAAACCGGUUAACAUCACUCUGCCGCCGGUGUCAAAAGAAGCCAUCCGAGCCAGCACCAUCCGGUUCAACUGUACCGCUACAGGCCGACCGGAGCCUAAUAUCACUUGGUACAAGGACGGAGUACCAUUGGCUCUUACUGAGAAGAUUGGAUUGUGGAAAGCUGCGUUCCUGAACCCGGGCGACGAGAAACGUAUCGAGCUGGUCAUCAAUAGCAUCACUUCUAAAGACGCUGGUGUAUACCAAUGUUUCGCAAGCAACAACGUGUCAACGGCCUCAGCGUGGGCGACGCUGACAGUUACAGGGCCGCCGGCCAUCGCUGCUCCUCAAGAUAUCACGUGCGCUCCGCUAGGGGCUCAGGAGGUGCUCGUGCGUUGGGCUCCAGUGCCUACGGAUGUGCUGGCUUAUACAGUGCACACUACGGCGCAAGAGCCUGGUGGAACAGGGAUGCCGCUAGGACCACCCGUGCAAGACCCUCGCGCCGUGGUUAGCGUACCUAAAGCGCUGACGCCAUACCGUUUUCAAGUUCGCGCAUAUAUUCAAUCUGCCAAGGGUGCUGCCACUGACUUUUCGGAUUUCGUGGUCUGCCAAGGACAAGGAGUUCCAAUCAAUCUGACGAAACAUGACAAAUCGGUGUUGGUGUCAUGGCAGAAGUUCGCAAAGCAGACUCCUGGGGUGGUGGAGUGGAUCCUGCAGAGUAGGAUGGCAGACGACCAUGACGCAGUCACCAAUGUGACUUUGGAUGCGACGGUCACGAACUAUACUUUAGAUAUUCCCGAAGAUGGUGACCUUCAAAUCCGCGUGCUGGGCACCCGGACUCGACCCUGGCUGCAGCAGAACCUGAGCAGCGUGCCGUGGCGGUCCUUGGACCUUAGCACUGGUGACGUGCUAGCAACGCCUCGAAACAUUCAAGUGACGAAGAUCACGACGCGCGGCUUCACCGUGCAGUGGGAGACCGACGACCUGGCGCCCAGGAAGUACAAGUUCCUGGUCUGCGUGCUCAAGAUUGACGAUCCCUCGAGUGACGAUGGCAACUGUCAGUACAGCGAUAAACACUCAGUAACGAUAGACAACCUCCAGCCGGCCAGUGACUACGAAGUGCGCGUGGAGACGCAGCUGCAAGACCUCGAGGCUGUUGAAGCCCAGCUGCCGUACCGAGUGUCAACGUUGGCUGAGGAAGACGCGAAGUUGAUCUACAAGUACAUCAACACCACGACAGUGCGAGUGUCGUGGAACGGAGUCGGCCGGUACACCGUGCGACACAGGCAGAAGCUGAUACCGCUGGGCGACUGGUCCACGGUCAACACUGAUGGGAACACCGUACUCUUGACCGGUCUGGAUCCGAACUCGGAGACCUACGUGGAGGUAAUCAGCAACGAAGGCAAAGCCGGAAGCGACACUCUCACUAUCCCGCCUCAGAUUAAGGAUCUCGACGCCAAGGACCUAUCCUACGUGUACACAAGCAGCGGCAUCACAGUGUCGUGGGUCGGCAGUGGCCCCAGAGUGGUCAAGUUCGCGCAGAACAUCACGCAGCCUCUUGAAAAGUGGCGCGUUGUCAACGUCACUGAGAACCAUGUUCAGGUAAACAUUGUAUAUGUGUAUACAAGUGGUAUCACAGUGUCGUGGGUCGGCAGUGGCCCCAGAGUGGUCAAGUUCGCGCAGAACAUCACGCAGCCUCUUGAAAAGUGGCGCGUUGUCAACGUCACUGAGAACCAUGUUCAGCUCGUGGGUGUAGACCUGUCCCUGCCGACGUUCGUGACGGUGACGGCGCAGGGCACGGGCCAGGUGCUCACCGUGCCCCCGGCCCCGGAGCCGCCCUCCCUCGCCGUGGGCGUGGGCAUCGGGUGCGCGGCGUGCGUGCUGCUGCUGCUGGCGGCGGCCGCGCUGCUGGCGUGGCGGCGCACCAAAAUGGCCGCUUCACCGGCGAGAUCGCGACGAAGGACCAUGUCCCCUGUCGAGGGACACGAAGGAGAGAGCUCGGAAAUGAAGAAUAUUGGAGGUCGCCUGGCAAACGGCGGUGCCGCAGGGGAGCCGCUCCUCAACGGUUAUGUACACAUCACUGAGAACCCCACGUCGAAAACCCCGAACGGUAAGAUGAAGAAGGCCCGCUACGAGCCGUUCGACGUGUCGCGACACGACGCCGACACGACGCUCGAGACCGUCCUCGAGGCCGACUCGUCCGCGUCGUACCUCCUCGACGCCUCUCGACGCCCCGACUUCGACACCUCAAGAUCCUCCCGCGACCUCAGCACCAACAACUCCUUCAAUAAACUACCUGACGAUAACAUGAACUCCGAAAUCACUCGGAGCUCGGAAUUUACGCUAGACAACAGCAAAAUUCAACCCACGCUUCAACCCAACGGUUGAGACACCCCCUCUCGCCCCCACCCCCGAAUUACACAGGGUUAGGCGAUCCCUCGCAGGGCUUCGGGCUGCUAGUUACUGGAGACUGUUUAGGACGGCGCGAGGAUAGCUUGGCGUGUUUUGUUCCUAAUAGACUUUAUUUUUAACGAUGUAAGGCUGAUUUUUGAUAACAACUACGAGUACAAAGUGUAAUUUAUCGGUUCUUUCAAGCGCGGAGCCAUCCUCGCGCACUUUGUUACGCUGUGUUGUAUAUAACUAUAGCCCGAUUUGGCGUGUACCUAUAUUAGAGUUAUUAAAUCGGCCUGAGAUUAUUUGGAAACAGCGUGGAGACAAUAAUAUGGCCGUGGCGCCCGCUAUGCGUAUGUCUAUAAUUACAGUGCCUCUGACACCGGACUUCCUGUCUAAUAGCCUAGUUUCACCGUUAGUGCAACAAAAUCGUACAAAAUAUAGACCAAAAUGAAAUCCAAACACACAUUAUAGUACCUAAAUUCACGUGUACAUAACAUUUAAAGUAUUUAUCGAUGUUAAACGACGGUUCAUUGUGUUUUCUGAUUUUCAUAGACAGUUUUUAGACAAAGCCUGAGACGCUAUAAGUUACCUUCACAAUUUGCAUUCCAAUUCCAUUGAUUAUAUUAUACACCUACCUACUGUACGACUCAGAUUGUACACAUACAUACUACGUACCUUUUAAAGAUGUGCUGCUACUGACAGAGAUUAGGACAAUGUCAUACGGCAGAAUACAACGGGGUUAGAAACUGUUAAAGGGUUUUAUAGAUGCCGCCAGCAUACGUUUUACCUGUCUCUAGUUUUGUUUUAUGAGAUUUGGCUUAAAGAGCCAUCCAAGCCAUAAAAUUCAAAACAGAAGUAAGCAGUGACACUAUUCGUAGGAUUGACAGGUGAAAUCUACGAUGGUGCCAUCUGUAAAAUACUUUGAUUGCCUUUGAACAUCGGAAAUUUGUCGUUAGGACAUUCGACCUCCAAAUAUCUGUGUGUAGCGCAACUAUUUUCCAACGCACAUAUAAAUAUAGGUACAUAUAAUCAUGUUACACACAUCUUUUGUUUCUUCGUUACAUGCGCCUAGAUUUCAGGACUGAUUUAGAACUAGAAAAUAGCCCCAUAUUUCGAAUGUAAUAAGAGUUUUACACAGAAAUGACAGGAACGAGCAUCCUCAGCAUUUAUUUCCACAAUUAAUAUAAGAAUAAUGACUUCGACAAUGCGAUAGUUAGAAAUAUGACAGUGCCCAAAAAUGUAGGUCCAUCUUUCAGUUAGGUACGUUAAUUAUUUCCAUGUAUGCCUAAGUUUAUUUAUUAUGUUUUAUAAUUUGUUUAGAUUUUAUUAUACUGUGUCUAUUAGCGCAUGUAACGAAGAGACAUGUUACCUUAACACUUUUACAAUAGAAAGUUAUUCAAACUAGGAUACUUAAAAACCUAAGAGAAAACAAGUAGAUAGUGUAAAAAUAAUUCGUAAACAAAAUAUAUAAAUAAUAAUUAUUACAACGAACUAACUGAUAUGAAAUGGUAUUAAAUUCUAGUAUACACGUUAUUGAAUUCAAAGUUAUUCCAAGUUAGACGCACCAUCGCUAUUUUUCCCAUGUUUGUGGUAAUUUAUGUUAACUGUUUAAACUAAAAUGUUUUCGGUGUUCAGAUAUAUUCUUUUAACAACAUUGCGAACAUUUUUUUGAAAAAUGUAUUCCACCCGAUAGAUACCAACGUAAAACAUUUGAAACUACUAAAGUAACGCAGAUAAGUCUUUGACAGAAGUGAAUUGAAGAAGAAGAUUUUGACAGUUAUGAAUUGACUCUUAUAUGUGACGGUUUCAACCAAAAGGUACCCCAUUGUGGCUUGUCGAUAAGGUUGAUUUCAAAUGGAAACUAUAUGGAAAUAGCGCCAAUAAGUACCCGUUUGGUUGAAAAUGGUACAUAUAUAUAUGACACUAAGGCUAUCUGUUAAACGGUAGGUCUUAGCUUCGUAAAUAUAAGAGUCAUUUCAUAACUGUCAAAAUUUACUUCUCUAUAAUAUAGAGUCUGUGCGGAAAGAGAGGUCUUGGAAUAUAAGGAAAAAAAUACAUUCUACGACUUGUUCUCGCACAGACUCUACUACUAAUGAAUACGUAGUUUAGCGAAAAGGAUCCAUCCUCUAAAAAUUGUCAUUUAAAUGAAUGACUUUUCCUUUCAAAACAUUUAGAUCCAUGGAGACUAUAUAGAGGAGCCAAAUCUCUAUGUAUGAAAAGUGUCCAUCAAAAAACAGUAAUUAGGCGGCGCCACCAUACACGGAAAUACUACCAAAAACAACCUACGUAAUUUGGUCGGGUUAUUUAUUGCCUUAUGUCCCAGAGCCUAACUAGCGCCACCGGAGAGAUUAGGAACUAUUAUUUAAAGCUAAAAGCGAUAACUUUUGCAACAAUUCUGCCUUAAGAGAUUGGCAUCCAUUCUAUACCAUCCAUAAUUUAGAUCAGUACGGUUUCACUCACUAUUAUUUUUAGUCGCUUUUGGCGACAUGUUUCGGAUUCUUUGGGAAUCCUUCCUCAGGCACGAGUGUGUGAUAUUUUGAAAUAUGUAUCUCUCACGAUAGUUUAAGUUCGACUUUUCCCUUUGAGAGAAAGUUCAAAUUUUAUUAACAGAUUUUUGUGGAUUGGAUCCUUUUCCCUAAAUUACGUCCAAUUGUCGUCUUAAAUGCCGGCAAUGCACUUGCAGCUUCUCUGGUGUUGCAGGUGUCCAUGGGUGACGGUAAUCACUUACCAUCAGGUGAUUCGUCUGCUCGUAUGCCUAUAUACAGUGUAGAAAAAAUUAUGGGCCCUGGAGGGAAAGUACCUUAAAACCUUAAGUUAGCUUAGUUUACUUAAAGGAAACAUUGAUUGAAUGAAUGAAUGAAUGAAAGAAUGAAUGAAUGUCUCGCCCGGGAUCGAACCGAUUAAAAAUUCCAAAAAUAAACACGCUAUUUUAUUCUACUAGUCGAUACAGUUAAUGUUAAUGAUAACAUUUCUCGAAGAAACAUUAGGUCUAACACUCGUUUGUCGUACAAAAUAUCCAUAUUUAAAAAUACUUUUUACUCAAGAAUAUUUUUAGAAAAGCGAAAUUAAAAGUGAAAAAUCUUUAAAUGCAGUUUUGUUUCUUUUUAAAAAUAAAAGAAUGUUUCCUUUAAGUUAAAUUACCUAACUUAAGGUUUUAAGGCACUUUCCCUCCAGGGCCUAUAAUUUUUUUCCAACCUGUAUAUAAAAAAACUACUACGAAUUUUUACGUUUACGUCGUUAUAAUGCUGUCAAAACUAUGUUUAGUCAACCAUGUAUUAGAAUCAGUGUUGGCCGAACGUUAAUUGCAAUUAACCAUUAACCAGUCUGUCCAGUUAACUGGUUAAUAGUUAAUUGCAUUAACGUUUCGGCCAACACUGAUUAGAAUAUUUCUGAACACCUGUACGGCUUCCACCAGUUUGGCACUGACAUAAACGCUAGCGUGUACGUAACUAAGUUAACGUAUAAGUGCGAGCGAGAUGUAUAGAAUAUGUCUGUUUUGUCACUGUCAGUGCUCAUGGUACGGGUACUGGCUACGUUGACGACAUUGAGGUUCGUUGUUUACUUGGAGCAUAUAACCAACGGAGACGCCUUGUCUGUAAUUUGCUGUACAAAAAAGUCUGCCAAUUUUUGCGGGGGAGGGGAACGUCAAAAUAGCCAUGUCAGAUAAACGUCAGUCCAUACAUUUAUAACCAUUGGCCGACUAUUUUCGUCAGAGGGGAACGCCUGUUAAUGGCUACUCCGUUUGGUUAUAUCCUAAGGUUGUUUAUUCCAUAUCACAAUUAUAUCUACCUCAUUUUCUUCGUUAUAAGAUUCUUUUAAAAUUUAAAAUAC